ACAGAACAACAGAGGCAAUGGAAACUUCUUUCUGGGAUAAAAGGUGGCCAUAUUUCCUCCUCUGCAGAGGGCAGUCCUCUGUUUGAAGGGCUGUCUGGUCCAAGUCCAGUUUAAAGGUAAAGAACCUUAAGGAUGAAGCGCAGGGGGCCUUGAAGUUGUCCAUCAACAGUUAGCAGCAUCUGGAUAGCAGACUGAGCAGGCACACAAGUCACCCGGUCACAGUCUUACCCACUUUGAAAAGAAUGAAAGUUAUGCUGAGCAAGAAGAUGAAAACCAAGCAGCAGCAAGAAUGAAAAAAAUGAUACUGGGAUGGACAAAUGUCAAUGUUGUUUUCAUUUCAUAUUUUCCCAAUCUUAAGUUCAGUUUGCCCCAUUUCCACAUUAAAAAAGGAUGGGGUGUGUCCUAGAAAUCACAGACGAGUCAGCUUAAUGUCUGUUCCAGGAAAACUGGUGGAAAGUAUUGUUAGAUAAAAUAACCAAGCAUAUAAAAGAACAGGCCUGGCUGAAGCGGAACCAGCAUGGCUUUUGCAAGGGUGGAUUACCUGCUGCUGAUUUUUCUUCUAGCACCAAACCAAGACAUGCUACGUGUUCACUGCCACUAACAAUGACCAUGACCCUUCACACAAAAACCUCCAGUGUUGCUUUAUUGCACCAGAUACAAGGCAAUGAACUAGAGCCUCUUAACAGAACUCAGCUGAAGAUUCCUCUGGAACGACCGAUUAGCGAAAUGUAUGUGGACAGCAGCAAGACUGGAGUUUUCAACUACCCAGAAGGUGCUGCUUAUGAUUUUUCCACUGCCGCUCCAGUGUACAGCUCACCUAGCCUCAGUUAUGCCCCUACAACAGAAUCUUUUGGGUCCAGCAACCUAGGAGGAUUUCAUUCUUUGAAUAAUGUUCCUCCAAGCCCUGUUGUGUUUUUACAGACAGCACCGCAGCUCUCACCUUUUAUUCACCACCCCAGCCAGCAGGUACCUUACUACCUUGAGAAUGAACCGAACAGCUUUGCAAUGAGAGAAGCGGCCCCAACAGCCUUCUACAGGCCAGGUUCAGAUAACAGACGUAUUGGUGGCAGAGAACGAAUGGCCAGCACCAGUGAAAAGGGAAGCCUCUCCAUGGAAUCCACCAAGGAGACACGCUACUGUGCUGUCUGCAAUGACUAUGCUUCAGGCUACCAUUAUGGUGUUUGGUCCUGUGAGGGAUGCAAAGCCUUCUUCAAAAGAAGUAUACAAGGUCACAAUGAUUACAUGUGUCCUGCUACCAACCAGUGUACCAUUGACAAGAACAGGAGGAAAAGUUGCCAGGCUUGUAGGCUCCGAAAAUGCUAUGAAGUUGGCAUGAUGAAAGGUGGAAUUCGGAAAGACCGCAGAGGUGGCCGUAUGCUGAAACACAAACGUCAAAGAGAGGAACAUGACAACAGGAAUGCAGGAGUUGUAGCUGAGUCAAGGAGCCCCACCCUCUGGCCAAGCCCUCUGAUGAUCAAACAUAACAAAAAGAAUAGUCCAGCCCUGUCUCUGACUGCAGAUCAGAUGGUCAGUGCCUUGCUAGAGGCUGAGCCACCUAUUGUCUAUUCAGAGUAUGACCCUAGCAGGCCUUUCAAUGAAGCAUCUAUGAUGACACUGUUGACCAACCUUGCUGACAGAGAACUGGUGCACAUGAUCAGCUGGGCCAAAAGAGUUCCAGGGUUUGUGGAUUUAUCACUCCAUGAUCAGGUCCAUCUCCUGGAAUGUGCCUGGCUAGAGAUACUGAUGAUUGGCUUAGUGUGGCGAUCAGUGGAGCACCCAGGAAAGCUACUGUUUGCCCCCAACCUGCUGUUGGACAGGAAUCAAGGGAAGUGUGUUGAGGGUUUUGUAGAAAUAUUCGACAUGCUGCUGGCCACUUCUUCCCGCUUCCGAAUGAUGAAUGUCCAAGGGGAAGAAUUUGUGUGCCUUAAAUCCAUCGUCCUACUUAAUUCUGGUAUCUAUACAUUUCUUUCCAGUACCUUAAAAUCAUUAGAGGAAAAAGACCAUAUCCAUCGUGUUCUGGAUAAAAUAACUGACACUUUGAUACAUUUAAUGGCCAAAUCCGGCCUCUCUUUGCAGCAGCAGCAUAGGCGACUGGCUCAGCUCCUCCUCAUUCUUUCCCACAUCAGGCACAUGAGCAACAAGGGAAUGGAGCACCUCUACAAUAUGAAGUGCAAGAAUGUGGUCCCUCUUUAUGAUUUGUUGCUGGAAAUGCUAGAUGCCCACCGUUUGCAUGCCCCUCCAGCAAGAAACACACCACCACAUGAAGAAGAUCCAAUGAACCAGCUGGCAACCACAUCCACUGCAAUGCAUUCCUUACCACCUUGCUAUGUGAACAAACAGGAAGAUGUAAAUGAGCCAGAAGCCAUAUGAGAGUCUACAUUUCAAAUAGCCUACAGCUUUCUGAGAAUCCCAUCAGAAAACUACCUACUUCAGACUUAGUUGAAUUGGUACCAUGUGUAAGCACUCCAAUACUCACCAAUCACCAGUGAUUCCUAAAACAUUGCUUGAUGAGAUUUUUAAUGGACAAAAAUUUCUAAUUGUGGACAUAAUAUGGGGAUUCAGAAACAUCCUCUGUGGCUAAUUUAAAGAUAACACAAUUUUGAGGAUUCCUGUAGUCUUUUUGCUGGUAUCAAACUAAGAAUACUUUUCUCUUUGAAAUCUAUUGGGCAAAGAUCCCAGCUGAGUUUGAGUAGGUGAUGUUUACAUGUAAUGUUCAUUGGGUCUUUGAUAAAUACAAGAAUUCUAACCCCCACUACAUAUUCACACUAAACACAAUCAUGGUUAAGAACUAAUAUGAAUGACUGGAGUCUAACAAAAUCUUUCAAGACAAAACAACAUGAUUUAGAAUUUUGCCUUUGGGCCUUUUUAAUUAUUAUUUCAGGGAUAUAUACAACUAGAUGAAUUUGUCCUCUCUAAAUCUUUAGACUGCACUCACAGCUGACUUCAGCAAGAAAUCCCUCAGUUUACUUUUUGGGAAUGAGAAUGAGGUGCUAGGUUGCAGUGGUACCCAAAAUGGGUUUGGCACAGCAUUACAGAGCUUAUGCUGGUACAGAUGGAACAGGCAGUUCUAUACUCAUACACGUAAUUCUCAGCUGGGUAGCCAGAGACAGAAUCCAACACUUGGGCCUACUAACUUUUGCAGUGUGGUUGAAAGUUUUUUUAAAAAAAGUAUAAAAAAACAUCCUUUCCGUAAUUGUCACAUCUACAUUAACAAUUAUAGCAAGCAAUAGCCACGGAUUGGUAUUUUAUGCUAUAGCAAUUGUAUAUUGCCCUGGGUGCUUUUGGCCCGAAAUACAUUUAAUACAUUUUAUAAACAAACAGGCAAAUUGAUAUGGUCCAAUUUAGACACUACUUACAUUAUACUAUGAGCUGGCAAAAUCUGAUUGAUCAUGUGGGAAGUUCUGUUGGUGCUACCAGAAAGGUAUCACACUGGAAUGGGAGCUUCCAACAUGAUCCCUCCUGUUUCAUGGUGUCAUUUUGUACAGCAACUGAACAGUUUGGGGAUGUAUCCAUAGCAGAAGCAGCACCCUCAGCUUGGAUGACAUUUGAAUUGGUCUAAAAGAUGAAAAUUGUAUUCUAGCAGUUGUUCAGUUUUCUAGCAGUUACAGGUCAAUUGAAUGCUAUCAAUACUGCACAGGAGAAAAAUAAUGUGGUUUCUUAGGUUCCACUUGAGUAACACAUGUGAGUCUUCAUGUUUGUACUGGAUGCUCCACAGUGUACAAAAUAGCUCUGUGUUGGGAACCUACUGGUGAAAAGGAGGAGUGAGGUGAGUACAGACCAUUUGCGUUGCACUGCAGCUAUGGUCACUUUCUGCCAUUUGCCCACACCUAUGCUGACCCCAACUAAAGUGAUGAGCACACACCUGGGGGCAAAACAGAACCCAAACUGCAGGUGAUCAUCACUAGCUGCUUUUGUGGUAUAUUUUGCGCUCCCAUCUCUACCCCCAAAUCUAUAGAAAGCAGUACAGCACCAAUGUUGUGAAUAGUUUUCAUCUCGUCUUAAUUGUACAAAAUGCUCUCACCAAUGCCUAUAUCUUGAGCUUUGUUUCCAGUGGCCUUGCUUUUUAUUAUUGUAAUGAAGUAUUUGUCUUUGUGCACUCAAAAUAUAAAACAAACAAAAAAAUGGUUCUGCUUUGAAACUUCCCCAAAUUUACUGGGGACUACAAAGUGCCUUGUCAGAAACUGACACAUUUUCAUUUUCAACGUGUGAUAGCUUUGUUCUGUGUGUUGCUUUGCAUGAUGUAUAAGCAAGAAGUCAAAAUGUGUGUAGGGCCACAUUUAAAAUAAGAAGCAAAUUGUAUCCAUUUGUAUCCCAGUGUUUACGAUCCCCAAUGCAUAUGAUUUGUGCCCCCUUUUUUAAAUAAGGGGAUACUUUUAGCUAUUUUCCCAAUUCCCCAGUCCCUUGUGGGCACAGAGCUUUAUGUAUGAACAAAACUCUUGUGCCUGCAAGGGAUUCUCUAUUAACUGCAGUGAAAAUGCCAUGAAAGAGGUGUUCUGUGCAUUAAAUUAAAUAGGGAACAAUUUUCAGGCACAAGAGUUCUAUGGUUGCUCUAGAGAACAGCAUACAGAACUCUAGAUGGAAGGUAGUGUAUACAAGAGAAAUUAGCCAUCACUGAUCUAAAUGCCAACAUCUCUCUGGCAGGUUCAUUAUGGGAGUCCAAGGGGGAAAUUUGUUUCUUCCUGUUAAAUUUGCAGAACUGAAAGGGGAGGGAUUUAGUUGUCAUUACUGUUAGUUUGUGGAAACAUUGUUUUAUCAUUAUUACUGAAAGCACCUUAAAUGAUGUAAUGUGUGUGUUUGUAUGCAUAUAAUAUACACACAUGCAGAACUCACCUAUCAGACAACUGAAUGUAAAUGUUCUAUUAACCCAGUCAACCAACUAAAAUACAAAAAUCACCACACUGUUUUUAUACUUUUCAGCUAUUCUCUGGUAUGCAAUCAUUUGUGCCUAAGGCUUAGCGAUUGUUAGAAAUCACUAUUUCAUACCAAUUUUUAUAUUUUCAAUAGUCAAGACAGCACUAAUUUAGCCUAGUAUUGAACACAAUGAGGAACUAUCCUUUAAUGAUGGAAGGACAUUCAAGGCAGCUAAUUAUGCUUUUUACCAAAAUACUAAUAAUGAUGGUUACCUAAAAGUGCAAGGAUUGGUUCUUCUUUCUUUCUUUUUUAAAACCAAACUGUUGAUACUGAAAUUUUAAAAAACAACAAAAAUACCCUAGAGAUAUAGGAAAUGUAAAGUUGCUACAUGCCAAAUCAUUAUAAUAGGUCUGAUUAACUUGCCUUACAUAAUGUCGGUUAAGAGACUCUGGAAAGAAAUGGGAGUGGUAAGCUUUUCCUGGUGGUAAUUUGUCUCUUUUGGUCAGGCCUUUCCCCCCCUUAACCCAGUAUAAAUGUCAUUCUUAUAUUUAGUGACAUUGUGGAUUCUCACUCCAGCACACCUCUUAGAGACAAUCAGCAUCAUACAGUCAUUCUCUUCUGUGUGGUAGGUUUAUGCCUUUCUGUAUGUUCACACCACCCAAAAUAUAUCCUCCUUCAGAGAAACAAUGAUAGACCUGUUGUUCUGCAUGGAAUAAAAAGCCUGCAUGCAAUAGUGCUGCACAACAGUAAUUACAUAUCCAUUUGGAUGGCUCGCCAGAGCAGAAUAGGCACAAUUCAAUGAACUGUGAACAACCAAUCUGCUCUUCCAGAUUGCCUAGCCAUAUCUUAAUGCAAAGGUGAAUAUGUACCUGCAUCUUAAUGCAAGAGUGGGUGCAUAGCCACAUCAAAGUCUCGUUUCUGUACUAAUUAUUUAUGUGAUGUACUAAUUCUGUGUGUGGUUAUCACUGGGACAAACCAAUUGAGAGCAACAAUUACAGCUGAGACUCCUGGAUGCUUCUGUGUAUUAUGACUUUUGCCAUUGCACAGUUCAUCAAGGCAUUUGCAUCUUAAUGUAGUCUCAAAUCACGUGAGGCAAGAAUUUUUCAGUUUUUAUGUGAAAAAGAUGGAAAUAGAAAUGGACUGCCUUCAAGUUGAUUCCGACUUAUGGCAACUCUAUGAAUAGGGUUUUCAUGGUAAGCAGUAUUCAGAGGUGGUUUACCAUUGCCUUCCUCUGAGAAGCAGUGACUGGCCCAAGGUCUCCCAGUGAGCUUCAUGGCUGUGUGGGGAUUCGAACCCUGGUCUCCCAGGUCUUAGUCCAACACUCUAACCACAUAAUUUUUCCCAUUAGAGCUAUUGUCCUGGUAGCCUCUUGCUAGCAUGCUGUGCAGGAACAAUGCAAAGAGCCUCAUUUUCCCUUGAUGAUUUCUAUUAACGUCUUGCCGUUUAAAAAGUUGUCUUUCUGCAUAUAAUUAUGGACCUAAUCUUGCCCAUGGAAAAUUAGCUAGGCCCUGACUGAGCUUUUAUUGUGUCUCACAUUACCACUAACAGCCCUAAGUGGAGAAGCACAUUCCCAUCCACAUCAAAAGAUGAAUCUAGCCAGGUCAAGGAGCCUACAGAAGCAUCUUCAUUGGCGUUGGUUGUACACAUUAAAUCCUGCUUACAUAGCUUUUGUUUGCUGGAUUGUGGUGCUAGUUUUUGCCAUACAUUUUGGUGUGGACCUGAGCCUUCAUUUUACACACAUAUUCUCAAUGCUACUGCUUUUAAAUGCCAAACUAGAAGCCAACCCUUAAGUAAGCAGACUUUUGAAGAUGCGAACACUCUGCAAAGUAAGUCAAAUUAAUCGAUUGUUCUACAUUUAAAGCUAGCUAUUCUGAAAGCUCUUUUCAAAUGUAUCUUACCGUGGCUUUGUGAAGUGAGUCUUCAGAUCUGAAAUGACUGCUAAGUCAAGACUUGAUCUUAAUGCAGUGUUUUAAGCUAUCAGUCCUAAGUUCACAUACAACAUUGUUGGAGUGGAAUUGUGACAUAAACCUUGGGGUACCAAAAAAAAAUCCUUUUACAUGAAAAGCCUUUUCUUUAUAGGUGCAUUCUUUAGUUUAAUUCAAAUAUGGAUGCAUUUUUGUCUAGAAUGUUGUUCUGUAUGUGAUCAUUGCCUUUUGAGGGGCACUUCAACUUUGCACUGUUCUAAAAAGUUUUGUAAAGAAUCUUUUUUUUUGCAUUCAAAUGUGCCUAAACUUAUAUGCUGCCAUGCUGCAAGCCUGUCUUUUAGUAGGGAUGUUGUCCUGCUGUGCACCUUUUUUUAAAAAAUGCAGUGUACUCAAUCUUGAAGUGCCCAUCUAGAAUGGCAGAAGGAUGCUAGUCAGAGAAAAAACUCAACAAGCCACUUUAUGCCACCUUCUUGUAUAUGUUUCUAAAAUGAAGCUUUUUGUGCACUACAUUAUCCUUUCAUUGUAAAGCUUUCCCUUUAUUAUGAGGCUCAUAUGCCAUAAUGUAUUUGUUGAAUUUUUCUGCUCUUUUGCUGAUGCAUAUAAUUGAUGACUCUAUUUUGUUAGAAUGUUACUUUGUUAAAUGAAAGAAAAGUUAAAAACAAAAGGAAAGGUUAAUUCCUUUUUUGAACCUAUGAAAGAAUGUUACAAACAGCUUCAGAAAAAAAAUCAGCAGGAUACCUGAUCUGUCAAGAUUUUUUCAGCUUUUAUGUCAAAAUAAAACAA